AUCUUCGAACCUUCGAGAACAGUUUUGUAUACGACCAAUCCUAUAUCUUCACGAGGGAUUUCAUCACCCAAAAACAAUGAACGGACGGAUUUUGUUUACUCUCUCUUCAGUCGUUCUAUGGGACAGACCUGACAGCAAUGGCUCCUAUCCUCAUCCUAUUGACAUUGUCAAUGGUGACUGUAACCACAGGAGGAGCAGAUGUCUACUGUGAUAUGGAGAACAAUCAGUUUUAUGUGGAACAGUGGGGACAGUGCAAAGAUUGUGAUAGAUGUCCAAAAGGAUACGGACUGGAUAUAAAGAGAAAUAUAAAUAUUGACCCAGUUCACGGAGCUCUCAGCUGUAGAGGCUGUGUUAAAUGUAUAGACGGUGAGACGUUUGAAUCUGUUAUCGGAUAUGGCGAAUGUAAGAGCUGUACCAAUUGCAAAGUACAGGAAAAAAGUAUUGCAACACCUUGUACAAAAGAAAGGGAUACAGUCUGCACCAGGAAAUUUGUAAUGAAGGAGAGCCAAACUCCUGUUGAAGACAACAAUGGUGUUCAGAACAAGGGAUACCAUACGGAUCUUGACCCUUUAUCUACAACAGUUGGUGCUGUGGUGGUUUUUAUCUUUGUUGUUCCAUCAGCAGUGAUACUCGUCAUAAUGAGGAAAAGAUUAAAUUGUCGUAAACAAGAUUCGUCAAUGUCCGACGACGUUGAAGAAAAUGACAGACUCGGUAAAAAAGAUGUUGAGUGUGAUCCCCCUACCUGCAAAACCGAAAUGGAAACGAUCAACUCAUCUGAAUUGGAGUGUGAAGCAAGACCUCUGACAGAAAGUGAACGGAAUAAAACGAACAAGGAAAGAAGACGGCCGUCUGAUGUUUCCAUUGAUUUCCCCAGCAAUUUUUAUUAUGAUUUAAAACAUCUAGAUGAUAAUGAUUUAGAGACAGAUACAGAAGAACAGAAAUCAGACCCAAGAUUGAAUGAAAUUCCAUCUGACAAAGAAUUACAAUAUUUAUGUCCACAUAUUGCUCAUUGUAAUAAUUAUGCUCGUCUUGGUCGAGAGUUGGGAGUUGAAGACAGUGAAAUAAAGAGAAUAAAAGAAGAACAGCAUGGCGACCUCCGAGAAACAGCUUUUCAGACACUAAAGAAGUGGAGAGAACUAAAUGGACAAUUAGCAACAAAGUUUAAACUUCAAUGCGCACUCGCAAGAAUUGGAAUUAAUGGUAUUUCUUUAGUUGAUGAUCCAUGAUAUGUAACUUUGUUGCUUUGGUGAGAUAAAUACCUACCCAAGGUAAGGAAUGGUGUUCAGGGGAUUGCCGAAACCCUAAUCUGGUUCCAGCUCCAGGUUCAAAGAACAGGUUCAGGUUCCUCAGGCUGACACAGCAAUAUGGUACCGACGGUGUACUUGUUAUGUUUUGUUCAUGGUAUGCAAUAGGUUGCAUGCAGUAUACCUUAAACAAUUUAAUUAUACAUGUAUAUACUUGAGAAAGAAGAUAAGGGAAAUUUCAUUGUUGCGUUUUUUUUUCAAAUAUUUGUUACACAUGUAUAACAUGUAUAUUGUCAAAUUAAUUUUUGUUGCAAAUAAAUAAUACAACUAAA